CACACACACACACACACACACACACAUUUACAUGCACACCUCUGUUUAUUCUUCUGUUAGUGCACGCUACAAAAGAGGAAAAUAUCCAAAAUACAUCACUUUUCACACUCUCAUCGGGAAACUAGCAUGGACGCAGCAGAGUUCCGGCGCCGUGGAAAGGAGAUGGUUGACUUUGUCGCCGACUAUUUGGAGAACCUGGAAGAGCGACCAGUCUAUCCAGAUGUGGAACCCGGAUAUCUUCAUACCUUGAUACCGACUGAGGCCCCAGUGGAACCAGAGAGCUAUGAAGAUAUCAUCAAAGAUGUGGAACGAGUCAUAAUGCCAGGGAUCACCCACUGGCACAGUCCAUACUUCUAUGCCUACUUCCCUGCAGCCUCCUCUUAUCCUGCCAUGUUGGCAGACAUGCUCUCUGGAGCCAUCGGUUGCAUUGGAUUCACUUGGGCGGCUAGCCCAGCUUGCACAGAGCUGGAGACAGUAAUGUUAGACUGGUUGGGGAAGAUGCUGCAGCUCCCGGAGUCUUUUUUAGCUGGAACUAGUGGGUGUGGAGGAGGAGUCAUCCAGGGCACAGCCAGCGAGGCGACCCUCAUGUCUUUGCUCGCUGCCCGCUGUAAAGCCAUCCGUCGAGUCCAGUCCAUUAACCCGGAAAAGUCGGAGUCGGACAUUCUCUCCCAACUGGUGGCAUACACAUCAGAGCAAUCUCAUUCGUCAGUGGAGCGUGCCGGUCUGAUUGGAAGUGUGAUGAUGAGGAAAGUCCCGACAGACAGCACUUACGCCGUCACAGGUGAAACGCUGAGGAAGAUGGUGGAGAAGGACAAAGCAGCGGGACUCAUUCCUUUCUAUUUCUGUGCAACACUUGGCACGACUCCAUCGUGUGCUUUCGACCACAUCACUGAGCUGGGGCCCAUAUGUAAUAAGGAAAACAUGUGGAUGCAUAUUGACGCUGCGUAUGCUGGCAGUGCAUUUAUCUGUCCUGAAUUCCGUCCCCUGUUGAAUGGAGUUGAGUUUGCAGACUCUUUCAACAUGAACGCACACAAAUGGCUUUUGGUCAACUUUGACUGCUCUACCAUGUGGGUGAAGAAGAGACAGGACAUGAUUGGCGCCUUCAAGGUGGAACCACUUUACCUAAAACAUGAGAACCAGGAGUCAGGUUUGGUGACGGAUUACAGGCACUGGCAGAUUCCACUGGGCAGACGAUUCCGCGCUCUAAAAAUGUGGUUUGUCUUUCGUAUGUACGGACUCAACGGACUACAAGCUCAUAUACGUAAGCAAGUGGUGCUGGCCAAGGAGUUUGAGAGUUUAGUACGAGCAGACAAGAGAUUUGAGAUCUGUGCUGAUGUCAUCAUGGGUCUGGUGUGCUUCAGACUGAAGGGCUCCAAUGAGCUGAACCAGAAGUUGCUGAAGAGGAUCACGAAGAACCGUGAGAUCCACUUGGUGCCCUGUCAUCUGUCCGGACGCUUCGUGCUGCGCUUGGCCGUUUGUGCGCGGUCCACCGAGUCUCGCCACAUCCAGCAGGCGUGGCGGCACAUCACACAGCUGACCUUUGAACUCCUGCAAGAUGGUUUUCAUUGAGUCCGAGGUAGUGAGGCUGACGUAGCAGAUACCACGCGUCAUAAAAGGAGCACCAAAAAGCACGCGCAGGUUUAUUAAACCGUGAUUAUUAUUUUUUUUUUCUUAUUAUUUUUGAUUUUAUACACAAAGACGCACGCUCCUCGGUUUAUUCGCAACUCAACCUCAAUUUAGCUUUCAUUUUCGCUUUAUGUGCGUUUAUUUAUUGCCUAUGCAGCUUCCGCCCUGUGUAUGGUUAUGGUGCAGGUGAACUUCAAAUGCAUUUGUUGUGGUCUUUAUGAAUGUAUUGCAGAUCGUGUAAGUGCCGCGUUGUUUUGGUUAACACCAAGAUUGACCCCAAAUAUAAAACAUUUCUUUUUUUGAGAACUGUUUCGGAAAAAAAGACACAAUCAAAGACCUAACACCAUACAUAACACCCAUUAAUCACCAUUAUCUUUUCAUUGUCAUACAUGGGGAUGACCUGAUAACAACUUUUAUCACUAUUGAUAUUGGAGUCUUAAGUAAGAGCUGAUAUCAGCCAGAUACUUACAUUGUUUUAAAUACUAUUGUUUUUUUUAAUAGAAAUCCACACACACAGCACUUCCUUAAUUUCGACCAAUUACACUCCUGUACGGUACAUUCAGUGACAUUUAGUAAAAACUGACAUUUGUGAGCAUCAUGAGUCUUAGAUUUAGGAAAAAAAGUAACUCAAUGAUUACUUUCCCUCGGUAUUUAUUUACAUUUAUAAAGGAGUAAUUACCUUACUAGUUUAAUUACCUUUUUUGGGAAGUAAACUGGUAAAAUGUUAUUUUAAAAAAAUAGGCCAACACUGUUUGAGAAUGUAAGACCCAUUUUCCCCACUUUUUUCAUUGGAAAAAAGAAUACUGUCUUAUAUUGGGGUCAAUGAGGUGUGUGUACAAUUGUAUGCACAACAUAAAUACUUGCACUGUGACUUGCUCGUGAGGGACACUACUGGCUUGGAUAUGUUGGGUGGCAUUUAAAAACAAUUAAUUUCACUUUUUUAUGUGUAUGUAUACUGUGCAUUCAUUUGUCAACAGUUACAAGAUAAAUGAUGGAUAUUUGAUCAAAGGCAUUAUGCACAAUUGGACCAGUGUGGUUGCAGACGACAACCAAUCACGCUAAACGUAUUUGUAGUCAUAAUGUGAUCGUUCAAUAAAUGAAAUGUGCAUUGCAGGUCAGAACUUAUAGUUUGAAGCCAAACAGCGUAAGGACCUAACCUUUUGCAUAUUGAAUUUGUUAUCCUUCAACAUCAACUUGUGCUGGUUGAAACGUUGAAAGAUUUACUACAAAAAGAUGAAUUUCAGGUCAAAUGCUAUAAUGUAUUCAUAUAUGAUCAUCUGGUGAUGUUAUAGUUUGCAUGUUGCUAAACAAAGAUUUGCUCUCAAUUGGCUUCUACAGUCAAGGUGGGAGCAACAACACUUGUCAUGUUGUGUGUAUGGAGGCGACAAUUGCAAUUCUUUGCGCUUCUCUCUCGCUAUAUACAGUAUGUGUUACUAUGUUUUUAUCAGAUUAAUAAAGUCUCCUGUUGUCA